AUGCAAAUUUCAGGAGUUCUUUGCUCUUCGGUUGGGAUUGGAGCAUUCACUGAAAUUGGACCAUUCAAAGUGAAGGAAGAUGGAAAAAAUCUUGACUUCAAUCAAUAUGCAUGGAAUAAAGAGGCCAAUAUUCUGUUUGCCGAGUUCGAGAUUGGAAUUGGAUUUUCUUAUUCAAACAAGACUUCGGAUUACCAAACCAACCAUUUCACCACUACAGUGGCUGAUACAUACGCUUUCUUCCUCAACUGGCUGCAAAGAUUUCCCGAAUACAAAAACGCCGACGUUUAUCUUGUAGGAGAAGGCUUUUCGGGCGCUAUUGCCAUCCAUCUGGGUCAGUUCAUUCUCCAGGAAUCCCAGUAUGAACUCAACAUCAAUCUCAAAGGAAUCGCUGCAAGAAAUGUAUUCAUUGACAAAGAAACGGACAACAACGGAUUUAUUGAUUAUGCAUGGUCGCAUAGCCUCACAUCCGACGAAAUCUAUAUGGGAAUCAAAUCCAACUGUAAUUUUUCGGCCCCUAAAUCGUCGAAAAAAUGCGAUGAAUACAUUGACCUCAUGUACAAUGUCACCGCGGACAUCAACCCUUACGACAUCUAUUCGCCUUUGUGUAAUUCCACUUCAGAAAUAGAUACUUAUCUACUUCAAGGGCCUUGCUCCUCAGAGUAUGUUUCGGAUUACUUCAACAAUCCGGCCGUUCAGAUUGCUCUUCAUGCAAAUCUAACCGAUGCAGUGCCUUAUCCUUGGAGCCUAUGCAAUGUAACGGUUGGCAAUUGGACGGAUUAUCCCGACACUUCGUUGCCUAUCAUUGCCGAAUUGAUGGCAGAAGGGAUUCAAAUUUGGAUUUACAACGGUGAUCUCGAUAGUGCUACUCCAAUUAAUUCUUUCAUUAUUGUUUUCCCCUUAAUGUUUAUUUUGAUAAGUCCAUCAAACUUUAAUCAUGACUCUUCUUUUUGGGACGGAGUCGGAUUAUAUGAUAUUGAAGCACAUCAUGAUGGUGAACUUCGAUUUAUCAGUGAAUAA